AUUUGGUGGACAUCAUGCAUCAUGUUGAACCAAUACCAUACUAUAUGUAACAACCAUAUACGUGAGUGCCUUGUAGGUCUCUCCUUUCUUCAUGCCUUCCUAAACCUUCUCUCUCUCUACAACUCUUCAAUGAAGUUCCAACCCAUGGAUCUUCCCUUUGGGAAAAACCAGACACCACAGAAGACCUCAAAGAUAGUGAUACUAAUAGCCCUUGCGUUGGUCCUUCUCACAAUUGUCCCUCUCUAUUACCCUUUGCUGAGGUACACUUCCAAGAACAUCAUUUCUGAGCCACCUUCUUCCUACGAUCCUGCUGAUCAGGAUUCAAUAGAAAUUGAAAACAAUGAGAAAUGUGACAUUUUUACCGGGGAAUGGGUUCCGAAUCCAAGUGCACCGUACUACGUGAACACGACAUGUUGGGCGAUCCACGAGCACCAAAAUUGCAUGAAAUAUGGAAGGCCUGACACUGAUUUCAUGAAAUGGAAGUGGAAGCCAGAUGGCUGUGACUUGCCCGUCUUCAACCCCUUCCAGUUCCUAGAAAUUGUCAGAGGGAAGUCCUUGGCCUUUGUUGGUGACUCUGUGGGGAGAAACCAAAUGCAGUCCAUGAUAUGCCUCUUGUCCAGGGUGGAAUAUCCUAUAGAUGUUUCAUAUACAGCAGAUGAGCAUUUCAAGCGUUGGAGAUACACAAGUUACAACUUUACGGUUGCGUAUUUUUGGACACCCUAUUUGGUAAAGACAAGUGAAGAAGACGCUGAUGGUCCAACCCACACAGGCCUCUUCAACCUCCACCUUGAUGAGUAUGAUGAGGACUGGACGAGCCAGGUGGAGGAAUUCGACUACCUGAUCCUCUCCGCCGGCCACUGGUUCUACCGGCCAAGCAUGUACUACGAGAAGCGCCGCCUAGUCGGGUGCCGGUACUGUCAAAUUGAAAACGUUACUGACCUCCCAAUGUACUACGGGUAUAGAAGGGCAUUCAGGACAGCUUUUAGAGCCAUCAACAGCAUGGAAAACUUUAAGGGCAUCACAUUCCUCAGGACUUUCGCGCCGUCGCACUUCGAAAAUGGGUUGUGGGACGAGGGCGGAGACUGUGUGAGGAAAAGGCCUUUGAGGAGCAAUGAGAGCGUUUUGGAGGAUGUGAAUUUGGAGAUGUAUAUGACCCAAGUGGAGGAGUUUAGGGCUGCUGAGAGAGAAGGGAGGAAGAGAGGGUUGAGGUUUAGGUUACUUGACACAACACAAGCAAUGUUGUUGAGGCCAGAUGGUCACCCUAGUAGGUAUGGGCAUUGGCCAAAUCAGAAUGUGACAAUGCCCAAUGAUUGUGUGCAUUGGUGCUUGCCUGGACCUAUUGACACUUGGAGUGAUUUCUUGCUUCAUAUGUUGAAGUUGGAGGGCAGAAGAUCGUUUCAGCAAAAAAUGCAUUUGAAACAGAGAAAACAACGGAUGAUAUAACUUCCAUUUCUUUGGUUUGAUUUUCUGAAAAUAAUUUACAAGAAUUCAGAAAAUGGUUCUUUUUAAUUUUUAAUUAUUACUUAAGUUUGGUGAGUAUAUAUGGGCAGGAGUGCCAAGUAAAAAAAACUGAAGAAGAAGAUUUUGUAAUUUAUAAUGUAAUAAACUUAUUUAUGAUUGAAUGCUAUGAUAGUUUUUAUAUAUA